CAGCGGGGGACUCGGAGAGGGAGUGACAGCGGCGCGGGGCCGCAGUGACUGGCGCCGCCUCACUGAGGCGCUUGAGCUCGGAAGAUGCCCCUCGGCGCCUGCUGCCCGCGGUCUAGCUGCUUGAGCGGGUGGACGCGGACGCGGACUCGCUCAGGCAUUCCUUCAUCAUCUUUCAUGUAUGGACUGAGUCCUGAUCGUAACUGUAUGGUGCUAGAUACCAUUGAAGAGUGGCCACCAACAAAAUGGAAAUGAGAGAUAAUGUGAAGCACAAGACAUGGAAAAUGACCUCAAACAGUGAACCUUCAUUAACUAGUAAUACAGAAGUUAGUUCUUUGAAGAAAUUCACUAUUCCAAAGAUCAGGAGGACAACUGAGAAAGUUUAUUUGUCUCCUUGUUGGACCAAUACUAGAGAGUACAGUUUCAUACAUGGCACUCUAAGGCAGUGCAGGCUUGAUUUAAGGUGUGAUCUGCAAUUCACAUGGCAGUUUGGGGAUUCAAAACUUAUUCAUAAUGAGGAUCUGGAGAAAAAUUUUACUGCUAAGAGAUCAGAGAUGCGUGAGAGUGGAAGACAUGGCAGAGAACUUGAAGAAAAUUUCUGCUUUUUAGCACUUCCUCAGAGUGAUGUGGUGGAGAUUUACAGGAAUGGGUUAAGUACCAAAGCAUCCGCAUUGAAGAUAUUAGGAAAUCCUCUUCUUGGAAUUUAUAUGUUUAGACAUGUUGAUGUUGCUUUGAAUUAUGCUCAUAGUCGAAGCAUUACAGUGGAAACUAUUGUGAUUUUUAAGGUUCUCUUUGGAAAAGUGAAGAAAGUUCAACCUUCUAUGGAUAAAAGCAAAGUUUCUUUGGAUCCUUCUCCUAACUUUGACUGCCAUAUGUCAAGAAGUACACCUUCUCUGAAAGAUACCAUUGAACUACAAGCCUACAAUUCAGUGGUGUACUUCUAUGAAUAUGAUGUCUUUUCAAGACCAGUAGAUAAACCUAGACAGUGUCUUCCAUAUGCAAUAGUAACAGUAAAAUUUAUUGGUCAAAAGACAGGUAAUGGACAACUUAUGACAUCUUUGAGAUUCCCCUCAACAGGAUUUCCUAAGAGACUUGAAACAGUAUGUUCCCUGAAUAACUGUACAGUCGCCAAAAGAAUUGGAAAGGGAAAAGAUGCUACAGUCAUCUUUGAACACUUCAGGAAGCCUCUUGAUCCAUUCGUUCAGGAAAAUUGUUCAUGCAAAGCACCAAAUUCAGAGAUAAAUCCUUCCAACUCAGAUACUUCUAAUUCUUACAGAAAUGUGAAAAAUGGAAACAAUUCUGUACUUGAAGUAUACAGAAGACAGACAGAUAAUUCAUUGGAAAUUAGAGAUACUUCUCAAGUACAUGUACCUGAUUCAAGUCUUUCAUUUAUGUCCGGUGAUAACAGAGAAAGCGGUACUGGCGACCUUUUGUUCAAUGUGGCAUACCUUAAAAGUAUCUUAAGUAGUAUUUCUGCUGCUUUUCCCUCUCAGAAAAAUACUGGCUCAAGUACAGUUAUUACUUCAAAACUCAUUAAAGACCCAAGACUGAUGAAGAGGGAACAAAGCAUAGGAAGACAGAAUAAUAGUACAGAUUUAAGUGAUAUGUUGCCUUUUGAUAAGAGUUUACAUCAUGGUAAUUCAGAAAUAAGCCUGUCAUGUGUAUCAACUAGUUCUGUCUUCUCACCUGAAGUUGUUCCUGGUAAUCAUGCUGCCAGUACUUGCUUGGGUACACCUUCCUUCAAAUUUUCUUUUGAAAGUUCACAGUUUCAGACUCACAAUAUGUGCUCAAAGGGCUAUGAUUGUAUAGCAGCCAGUAAAACACCCAUGACAGAACAAUGUAAGGAGCAACUAAAUUUUUCCUUCCCCAUUUCUCUGUCAAAUGCAGUUCCAGAAGUUGAGAACCAAAAAUACAUUGAAGAAAAAUCUCUGAGCAUCCAAAACAGAAGCAACAUCCCAGUUUUAGCUAAUGAAAGCAGUGAUCCACAAAACUCUUAUGAAUCAGCAAAAGCUUGUAGAAAAGAAUCCGAGAGUCAUAUCUCGCAGGAAUCACAGUCUUCUACAGUUUUCCCACUUCAACAGAAAGGAAACAUAGAUGAGUACAUUCAAAGUAUUGGAAAGAUGAGAACCUUCAGUGCCCCAGAAGACAGUUCUAAACAUGGUGAAAGCCAAAAUUGGCAGAAAGAAACUAAUAAUUUUACUAAUCAAACAAAAAUCAUUCCAACUGAUAAUUGCAUUACAUUGUACCAAGAAUACAAAGAGGGUGGAAAUCUUAAUUCUUUAGGGGGAAAUUGUGAAAAAAUACUAAAAACUCAAGGGUUAAAAAUAUCACAAUCUCCUGAAUCUACCACAAAGAAUAAAGAUGAACUAGAUCAUGUCAUAUUGGACUUAGAAUGUAAUCUUACUCCAGAAAUAGAGUGUCUUUCACAAAAGCACCACCAAUGUUCUUUGGGAUAUGAGGACAGUAUUUGUACAAAUUUUGCUGUUGCUCAAAACCCAGAACUGAAAUUGGUGCAAAAAACUCAGAACUUUGUUAACAUGACUGGUAAUUUCCAGGAAACAAAAGACACUCUCCCAGCCAAAGAACAACUCACUGAUAGUGUGAUUUCAUCUUCUGCCGUUGACAUACCUCUUGACAGUUCAAAUUGCAGCAUAACUGGAGAAUAUAUAUGUGUCCAGAGGAAAAACGAAAAUGACCCCGUGUCAUCAGAGAACAUUCAGAAAGACUGCAACGAAACUCCUCAGAUCAAAGAUGUUCGGGAUCACAGUUUGCUUUAUAAUGCAGAGCUGAACUGUGACCUACACUUUAGUAAGUUCAAAGGGCAAGGAGAUAAAGAAAAUCCAUAUGAGGCUAAAGAUAAAUAUAGUGCUUCAUAUCCAGAAUACAAGAUAGAAAGUCUAAAUGGAAGUGAGAGGCAAGAUUUCCAUGCAAACCUUUUCACCAAUGUAGUUGAAAGAGAAAUUAAAAAUUACAAUAAAGUAGAAAUUGAUAAUUCUGAAGAUAUUUCUACAUUUAACUCAAUUUUGGAAAAGAAAAGUAUACCAGCAGAAACUGCAUUACCAGAGAGUGAACAUAGUGUUACUGCCAUAAAACGACAUGCACAAAAUGAUGUAAGAAGUGUAGAGCAUUUGGCUUCCAUAAUUCCAGAAAUUACAGGAUCUUCAGUGUUUGUAGCUGAAAAUACUACAAAACAGGCAGCUAGUACUACUGUACUUACUCCAAGCACAAAUCAUGAAAAAUACCAGUUUAAAGAAACUUGUUCUUCUGAGAUUUCAGAUUGGGGUUUAAUAGAGCAUAAUGUUUCUGAUUGUGAACAUAGUAUGGAUAAAAAUAAAUUAGAGGAGUCACUUGAUCCCUCAGUAAAUGAGAACUCAGUUCUUCAAACUUUUGAAUUGGGAACUGAAAUUGAGAUAGAAUCUGAAGAAUGUAAUAAUAGUUUAUUUCAGCAAGAUACACAUACCCAUGGAAAUGCUGUUCAUGAAGAACUUGAGUUAUAUGAAGAUUUAAAGUCUCGAAUUGAUUGGAAAGGUCUGUUUUUGAACAUUAAUGAGGAAAUGGAAACUUUAGGAAGUUUUGCAAGAAGGGAGAAGAGUGAUCAGCAUCACGCUACAGAAAGCAAUUGUGUUUCCCUGUCACAGAAAAACGAAAGCGAGCUCCACAACCCAAUUCUACUUCCAGAUGUACAGAUUACAAUUACUAAUGUACUUAAGCUAGGAUUCAGUCCCACUGGUGAUUCUUUGGAGUUGAAAGAUAAUUUUUAUGAACAUUUUACCAAGUCUGCAGAACUAGAAGGAAGGAAAGAAGGGAAAAGUCCAGGAUUUUGCAUUUACUCUCAGCCUUCUGGUGAAAAAUCAGUUUUUCCAUGUGAAAAUAAAUUUGGUAAUUCCAUACAAGAAUUGGGACUUGGGAGAAUAUCUAGUAGCAUCUCCCAUUCUUCCAACUUGGAUCAUAACACAUGUGUGAAUCAUACAUAUGAAAAAUCAGUCAAUCAGACUUUCUCUACCAAACCUUCUGAUGUCACAAUACUAAAUGGUGAAAGUAAACUUUCUUCUACAAAAUCAAAACCUAGAUUUAAUGAUACUGGAAAUAAGAACAUGGAAUCAAGAAGUAGUAAAAGAAAGCUGUACACACCUGGGGGUCAGAACAGACCCCAAAGAGAUUUAAGGCAACAUGAAACUUACGAGAAGAGGAGGAAACUAACCAGUCAUGACUCAUCUGAGCAUUUUUCUUCCUUAUCCCAAGGACGACUUAAAACAUUCUCACAGUCAGAAAGGCACAUUAAGAGUGUGCUGGAUAUUCUAAGUAGUGAAGCUUCUUUAUGUAAAAGCAAACGUCUGUCCAGAAAACUGGACAAAGCUGUUCUUCACUUAAAAAAAGCUCAUAGAAAAGUUCAUACAUCUUUGAAGCUUAUAUCUAAAGUGGGAAAAAAGAGAAAGGGUCCAUUACCAAAAGCAUAUGCAGUAAUAUGUAAUAAUUUCUGGGAAAGUUGUGACCUUCAAGGUGAUAGUUUUAUGUCUGAAAGAAGAUACAGUAAGCAUUUUUUAUACAAAAGAAAGUAUGAAAAACAGGGAGAACAAAGAUUUUUUGGAUUUGAUAUUGAUGAGUCAGUUGUCCAGGUGUCAAAGCGCAAGCCUUCUAGAACAGACAGAGCAAGCGUUGCAGAGUGCCUUUCCAGUGAAAUCUUGUCUCGCAGUGUCUCCAGUAGUCUUGCCACUUUUCAUGUGAGAGAAUUUUGUGAUGAAGAACAACAUCCUGAAUCACUAGCCUAUCCAUCCCAGAGUACAAAUCAGUCAGAAUACAGUAAUGGCAUCAUGAAAAAUGCAAGAUCUUCAAAACUUGAGCACUUUGUUGAAACAAAUGAAUGUAUGCUUUACCCAGAUGAAGCACUAGCUGAAAAAGAACAUCAGACUGACACAAAGUUACCUAAUAGUGACUUUUCAAAGCUUGAGAACAGUUCAGCACAUGAUAUUAAGGAUAGAACAAAAGAAAACAAUUCUCAACCUAAUGUAAUGGUAUAUAAAAGCAAUUCAGCAUCACUAAAUUACAUAAAAGAAAACAAUAUAGGUUAUAGCCCAGACAAAAAUGAUGAUGCAUCUUAUAAAGCUGACACUGACAUACUUGCUUCAGUCUUAGACUCAAACAUGAAUCACUUUUUAAAUGUUGAUAUCUAUCAACAAGAUAACCUUCCAGUGUCUAUUUGUAAAAGAAAAUUGGAAUCAAUUUUUCCUGUAGGAAAGUACACAGUUCCUAUUGAGAUUGUCACACCAAGCAUUUUUAUGGGAAAUAUUUUUAUAGACCCAUUAAAUCUAAUAGCAAGCAAAAGGUACAAUAUCCCCCAAUUGUCAUCAGUUUUAGUGACAGCUGGUGAGGAAGAAUCCUCAAAAUUUUAUCUCAGGAGACAAGGAAUUUUUGCCAUAGAUUCUUUUGCAUCAUACCCUACCACAUCAUACUAUUCUCAGAUGUGUGGUGGAAAGGAUCUUCUAAAAACAAAGCAAUACUUUUCAAGUAAUUGUUUCCUUAUAGAUGAGAAUGAAGUGAACGUUACUGAGCGUUCUAUCUUGGCUUUAACAUCAGUAACAGAAGAAAGUAAAAAUUGUGAGAAAACCAGAGUGAAGAAGCUAUCUUCUAAUGAUAGUUCUUUGCUCUUAAAAGAUGAUAUAAAAUGUUCUUCAAAAAGAUCUACAGCAAAAAUCAUUCAGGAAUUAAAAGUGAGGAAAACUGAACAAGCAGUUUACAAAAGCAUUAAUGAGGGCUCAACUGUUGAUAAUGAGUACCAAAGUCAAAAGAAUAAGAUCCCAAAAGACUGCUUAAUGAAGAAAAUAGUUAAAAGUAACUUAUUGAGAAGUAAUGAUUCUUAUUCUGACUAUAUUUACACACCAGCCAUUGUAGGAAUUAAGCAUAAGCCUAUUUUAUAUGCCUACCCUGACACCUCUAAAGUCACUCCUCUUCAGAAGAAGCCUGUAUCACACAUGCAGGAAAUAGAAGAACAUUGCUUACCUAAUUGCACGUCUCAUAUAGCAGAACUGUCUCGAAUUUUACAGAGAGCUGAUGAAGCAGCAUCAUUACGGAUUUUAGAAGAAGAAACUAAGAUUUGUCAACAUAUUCUCCCUUUAUUUGUUAAAGCUUUUGAAAGAAAGCAAGAAUGUUCACUUGAACAAAUCCUGAUUUCAAGAGAACUGUUGGUAGACCAAAACUUGUGGAAUAAUUAUAGACUUAAACUGAAACCAUGUGCUGUUGAUACUUUGGUAGAACUUCAGAUGAUUAUGGAAACUAUUCAAUUCAUCGAAAACAAAAAACGACUCUUGGAAGGUGAACCAACAUUCCGAAGCUUGCUUUGGUAUGAUGAGACCUUGUACAGUGAAUUGCUUUGCAGGCCACGUGGGUUUCAACUGCAGUCCAAUUUCUAUCCUGCUUUUCAAGGACGAUUAAAAUACAAUGCACUCUGUGAAUUAAAGAAUUAUCAUAAUCAAUUAGUUAAGUAUUUUGCAAAAAUAAAAAAGGAAAAUUCGUACUAUGCAUUCUUAAAGUAUAAGCGACAGAUUAAUGAAUGUGAAGCCGUAAUGAAGAACUAUUCUGAUUGCUUUGACUUCUGUCUUUCUGUUCCAUUUACCUGUGGAGUUAACUUUGGAGAUAGUUUAGGAGACCUAGAAACCUUAAGAAAAACUACUUUAAAGCUUAUCAGUAUAUAUGGGAAUUCUCCUAAAGUUCUUUCAUACCCAGGUAAAAAUGACCAUUUAUGGAUUAUUAUAGAAAUGAUCUCCUCAAAAGUUAAUUUUAUCAAGAGCAAUGAAGAAGUAAAUAUUAAAAUCUCUCUUUAUGGUCUAGAACAUAUCUGUUUUGAUGCUGCAAAAAAUCUUGUUUGGAAAGAGAAAAGCCACUCUUUUCCCAAAAAACAGUCACAAAAGAACAAAACACUGUUGCUUAAAUUUAACAAAUGUGCAUUUUCUAAGUUGCAGAAGAUAUAUGAUACCUUGUCUAAGAACUUAAACAAUGAACCAGUUUCCAAUAUUGGGCUUGAAGAAAAUGCUUUGAUUGCUUCCAGAAAAUCAGCUCUAGCUAUCAUAGAAAACUUUAAGUUCAACAAGACUUUGCUUUCAUACCCAGAUAUUUGUUGUGUUAGUGAAAUACUGGAUCAAGCUAAAUCUGCAGAUCUAAAGAAGUUACACAACCUCACUCUGAGAUGUACAGAUCACUUAGAAAUUUUAAAAAAAUACUUCCAGUUGCUGCAAGAAGAUAAUAUAGAUAAUAUUUUUGUCACAGAAGAAAAUGUUUUGGAUAUGCUAAACAGCAACCAUGGUGCUGUAGUUUUAAAGCCUGAAGCUAUUGAAAUUUAUAUUGAAAUUGUGAUGCUCUCAGAAACCAUUCAUUUUCUUAAAAAUUUAAUAGCAAAGAAACUAGACAACCAGAGAUUUCGAGGUAUGCUUUGGUUUGAUUUGUCUCUUCUUCCAGAGCUUGUUCAUUGUCAAGAAGAAAUGUCUUUCUUUCUGUUUAAUGAUAACCCAGCAGAUGGCCUUUGGAAAGUGAUAGAGACUACUAUUUCUGAACUUACAAAAGAGCUGAAUGUUAUCUGUGAAUAUGAUGAAGCUGUUAAUUGUUCCUAUGCUCUCCAUUUAUUCUCAAGGGAACUUAAAGAACUUACAGAAAUUAAAAAGCUUCUGAAGGAAUCUAAGUAUUCAGUUUCCACGUAUAUUGACUUUGUGCCACAUAUAGCAACCAUUAAUUAUGGAAACACUGUGACACAGUUAGAACACAACUACAACCAGUUUUCUAUAUUACUCAAAAAUAUAAUGUCUGUCCCUCAGAAAGAUUUAGGUAAAAUGUCUCAUAUUGUAAAAGUCAUGAGGACAAUUGAACAGAUGAAAAUUAUAAGUGCUAAAGAUGCUAAAUCAUCCACUCGUUUUAUCCUUUUCCAAAUGUUACGUAACAGAUGGAAUACUUUCCAACUAGAUAGAAAAGAAAAGAUGAAUACUCGUGUUACCAAACCUGAGGAAAAUAGCAGUCAACCUGGUAUUUCUGUGGUGCAGGCACCCUCAAUUUCAGAGUGCAUCAUCAAAAACAUUUCAAAGUCCUCUAAAAAACGGCCUAUCACUGUAGACAAGUGUGAAGACUCUUGGGAAAAGGAGAACAUUGCUGCUGUUUCUAGUUGUAAAAAGCAAAAGGUUACCAUGAAAGCUGUUACAGAAACAGACAGACAGAAGACAACAUUCAAGCACCCAAGGACUACAGGAUCGCACCCUAAAGAUGAAAACAAAAUAAGAUCAAGUUCGUCUGACAUUCUGAAAAGAAACUCUGUAUCUCUAGAAAUGGUCAAAAAACAAAACUCAAUACCUGGCUCACUUUUACCUUUGAAAAACCUACAAGACAUUUGCACAUCAAAGUCAGAAAGCAAAAUAGAUUUAGCUAGUAGCUUAUCUGAUACUUUAGGAUACCUCGCUGGACAACAGGAAAACUUAAAUAGUAUAAAGAAAAGAAAUGUGAAUUUUAGUAUUGCUGAAACAACUGAUAAAGACUGUCCUUUUGUACCUUGCAACCAGAAGAAUAUAGAUGGCAUUUAUUCAGAAGAUCAUAGCACACUUUCACAGAAACGGCAUAAAAAUCCCAUGGAGCAAACACGGGAGAUUUGCUCUCCAAACAUAAAAGCAGGAAUUGAUGAUUUUCUUGCACCUAAUGCAUCAAUGUUUUCAGUGCCAAGUUCGCAUUCUGUGAGGGCUGUCCAUAGAAGGCUAGAGGUAACUAACACAGACUUUGAACAUGAAAACAGUGAAGUACUAGAUUUAUCUAUUAAAGAUUAUACACACACCAACUCUCCAGAACCUGUAAUAAUCCAGGACAAAAUUCCUGCCCGUCAAGUAGAUACAACACAGGCAGUAAAACCUGAGUUACUGGGAAAGUAUGUGAAGAAUACAUCAAAUCCCAGUAGUGCACCAUUUGGCUCAUCUGGGAGUUCAACCCCUAACACAGCUCAAACAAUGCAGUACUCUCUUUCUGAACAGGAUAAGGAGAAUUCAAAAGCCCUAACUCAGAAAGCUGACACAUACUGGAAUGAGCUUCCACAGUCUGCAUGUACUCCAGUAUAUAAUUCUUCUGAACAUUCAUUUGGAACUUCAUAUCCACACCAUGCUUGGUAUGUUCAUCAUUACAACAGCAACAAUGGCAACACUAUGACUCACACAUACCAAAGGAUGACAAUGUAUGAGGUACAGCCACCUCCUCCUGGGAUGUUGACCUCUGUUGCAAGAUCUGUCCAAAACACACAUUCUACUGUUUUGUACUCUGAAUAUUUUAGUUACUUUGCUGAGCAGCCAGAAGCAAAUGUCUUUAUUCCAGGAAAUGGGUAUAUUCCAUCUCACGUACCUAAUUCAUAUAAUUAUCAGCAACCAAUUUUUUCACCAUUUGUCCCUUGUCAGCCAUCACCACAAACUGCAUAUCCUUAUCCUCCUAAUCCAAAUUGGCUUCCAGAAGUUCCUUGGACUUACGCUCCAUGGCAGCAAGAGCCCUUUCCACCAAGACACUGAAAAUAAUCUCUUCCUACUGAAAUAAAUGCAACCUAACUUUCCUGA